AUGGUGUUGAGCGCGUUUGUGCUGUGCAAAGUGCGGCACAAUGUGAGUCUGUUGCCAUGUCACAGCAUGGAGCCGCGCGUGGGGAUUGAGCAGGACCUGGCCGAGCAGCUGAUGCACUACUCGGAUCCGCUGCAGGGCGUUAUCUUGAGCUUCAGUAACGUGCAGCUGGAUCGACCUUACGGCGCUAUUGUGAAUGAAAUGCCGUUCAUCCACUGUAAAGUACUGGCUGAUGCGCUCGUGUUCCGUCCUCGGAAAGGCAUGGAGCUGCGUGGUAUUGUCAAUAAGAUCGGUAGCAACCACGUCGGAAUGCUCUUUGCUGGCGUCUUCAAUGGGUCUGUAGCUGAAGCUGAGCUGCCGAAGGGAUACGUACACAACUACGCCCAGGAUUGCUGGCUUGGUGAGGACGGCUCGUCUAUUUCCGUGGCAGACGAAGUGAACGUGAAAGUGCUGCGAGUCCACGUUGCUGGCGGCAUGAUUGCUAUAGAGGCUACAAUGCGUCAUGUUGACACUAAAGCUGUAAAUGCUUUGUCGGUAAAGAAAGUCAAGAGAUCGACGCAUCUCAAUUUGGCUGCAGGUGAGCCCGUGACUAAGUCGGUUAAGCAAAAGAAAAGUAAGCGAGUCAAGGGGGCUGAAGGCCUGGAGAACAAGAAAGUGAAGAAGGUGAAGAAGGCCAAGAAGACGAAGGAGGCUGAUGAAGUCAAGAAGAAAAAGGUCAGGAAAGCAAAGGACGAUAUGGAGACAGAGUCAGCACCAGCGGAGGAUCUGAGUGCAGAGAAGGAGGAGAAGAGAAGUAAGAAGCGCAAGCAAAAGGAGAAAGUCAUGAAGAAACCUAGCAAACACAAGGUAGAGGACGCCAAAAAAAAGGAAAAGCACAAGAAGAGUAAGCACGAUUAG